CUACGCUGGCCAGGCAAUCAGCAGAGGCAGCACAGUCCAUCAGGAGCAGCCGAGUGUGUGGCAGCGGGAGCCCAGAGAGGCAGCGUGACCAUGAGCUCUCUGCUCUCCUACGCCCUGCCUGCCCUGGGCGGCUAUGCCAUGCUGUCCAUCUUCUUCCUGCGCCGGCCUCGCCUGCUGCACACACCCUGGGCUCCAGUCUUCCUGCCACGCCUGGGGGCCCACCGAGCAGGGUCUGGAGAACUCCUGGAGAACACCAUGGAGGCCAUGGAGAACUCCCUGGCCCAGCGAUCAGACUUCCUGGAGCUUGACUGCCAGUUGACACGAGAUGGCGUGGUGGUGGUAUCUCACGACAAGAACCUGUCCCGCCAGUCAGGCGUGAAUAGGGACGUGGGCAGCCUGGACUUUGAGGAGCUGCCCCUCUACAAGGAGGAGCUGGAGGUCUACUUCUCACCAGGUCGCUUUGCACGUGGGUCGGACCGGCACAUGGUGAGUCUGGAGGACGUGUUCCAGAGGUUCCCUCGGAUGCCCAUGAGCGUGGAGAUCAAAGAGGAAAAUGAAGAGCUCAUUAACAAGAUAGCAGGCCUGGUGAGGCACUUUGACCGAAAUGAAAUCACCAUCUGGGCCACAGAGAAGAGCUCGGUCAUGAAGAAGUGCAGGGCUGCUAACCCCGAGAUGCCGUUCUCCUUCACCAUCGGCGGAGCUAUCUGGUUGUUACUGCUCUAUUACCUGGGGUUGCUGCCCUUUGUAUCCAUCCCGGAGAGGUUUUUCUUCUGCUUCCUGCCCACCAUCAUCAAUAGGACCUACUUCCCGUUUUCCUGCUCUGGGCUGAACCAGCUGGCAGCUGUGAUUUCCAAAUGGUUAAUCAUGAGGAAAAGUCUGAUCCACCACCUGGAGCAGCGAGGAGUGCAGGCCACCAACAUGAAGUCACUGAGCACAGAGUUGGGUAGUAUUUCCACCUUACACAUUCAGCAGAUGCGAACAACCGCCAGAGCGUAGGUAACAGUAAAAUGUAGUAAAAUCAUUAGGAAGUGAUGAGUUUUGAGUAUUUAUUACCUUCAUUUUUAAAGUAAUUUAUUGAAUUACACGUUUAUAUAAUUUAAUAUUUAAUAAUGGCUGUGUUUAAUAACCAGUUUGCAAAAAAAUCCGGACUAACAAUCCACUCCAGCCAGCAUCCCACUGCUGGGAGGUCUCCACAGAGGAGGAGAGCUCCCACCAUCUGGAUUCAAGGGGAAAGUCCAGGUAAAGUUGUUUGAAACUAUGAGCCCCUCCCUCCCCACGCAGGUGGUCUUUUGGUGCCUUAACGAAGAGUCGGAUUUUGAAGUGGCCUAUGGCCUGGGGGCCAGUGGCGUCAUGACAGAUUACCCCACAGCCCU